AUGGAUAACUCUCAAACUCUUAAAAUUCUUUAAGAUACUAUAGAUAAACUUAAAAUCACUAAAGAAAAUUUAAGAGAAAUGAGAAAAACAAAUAAAACAUUUCCUAGACAAACAAAUACUAGAAUUUUAGAUGCGUUUUAAUCUUUUGCUUAAUUUGAUCGUGCUCCUAUAUGGAUGAUGAGGUAUAAAAUGUUUUUAAUUUAGAUAAGCAGGUAGAUAUCUUCCUGAAUUCAAAGAAAUUAUGAAAAAUAGAGAUUUUUUUGAUGCUUGUUAAGAUCCAUUUAUUGCUGCUGAAAUUACUCUAUAACCAUUAAAAUAAUUUGAUCUUGAUGCUGCUAUUAUUUUUUCUGAUAUUCUUACACUUCCAAAAGCUAUGGGAAUGGAAGUAUUAAAAAUAUCUUAAUUUAUUAGAUUAUUAUGGAUAAAGAAAAAGGUCCUGUAAUUAAAAAUAAAUUAGAAACUAUUGAUGAUAUUAAUAGAAUUAAAUCUCCAGAUCCUCAAAGUUUAGAACAUGUUUAUGAUGCAUUAUAUCUAACUAGAUAAGCAUUAUAUGGAAAAUAGACUCUUAUAGGUUUUUGUGGAGCACCAUUUACUGUAUUCUCAUAUAUGGUGGAAGGUGAAACAUCUAAAAUGUUUUUAAAAACAAAAAAAUGGUUAUAUCAAUAUACCCAAGAAACUAAAAAAGUUUUAGAUUUAAUUGCUAAAGAAAGUGCUUAAUAUUUAAUUAAUUAAGUCAAAGAAGGUGGAGCACAAGUUGUUUAGAUUUUUGAUUCUUUUGCAGGGUAAUGCAUCUGUAUAAUAUUUUAGAUAAAUUCCAUUUAUUGAUUAUAAGGAAUUUGUAAUUCCAUCUUUAAGAAUUUUAUUAGAAGAAUUUAAAUUAGAAUGUCCAACAACUCCUCUGAUAAUGUUUGCUAAAGAUUAAAAUGGAGUUGAAAUUAUUAUAACAUUUCUAAAAAUGUUUCUAGGUGAUACACCAUUAGUUGAUGGAUUUUAACUUGAUUCUAAUGUAAGUGAUGAAGUCUUGGUUAAAAUUAUUGAAAGUGAUAGAACUAUUCAAGGAAAUCUUGAACCAGGAGUAUUUUUUAAUCUAAUUUUCUUAGGUCUUAUUUGGUACUUAAUAAAUUUUAAAAAAAAGAGUAUCAUAAAUGAUUGAAAAAUUAUAAACUACAAGAAGAUUUAUUAUUAAUUUAUCACAUGGAUUGACUCCUGAACAUGAAGUUGAAAAAGUUAGAUUAUUUAUAUAAGAGUCUAUUAGAUAAUCAAAGUUAUAUAAAGUUAGAGAAAUAUUAGAAUGA